AGGAGUCGCUCGUUCCGCUCGAGGUCGCAGAGGGAUUAGUCAAAUUGAAAAGGUGUCAGAUCCGCUCGAGGUCGCAGAGGGAUUAGUCUAAAUUGAAAAGGUGUCAGCUUCGCUCGAGGUCGCAGAGGGAUUAGUCUAAAUUGAAAAUGUGUCAGAUCAGGUCUCCUAGCGCGCGCACGAUUCAGUCAAACUGCCAGGCGAGGGUGACAUUAUUUUCUUGACCUUCAGUAAAACAGGGAGUAGGAAAAGAACUGAAUGAAGUCAGAGUUUGACUUUCAACCACUUAUCAGAAAGUCUUCUGGAUAUUGUUUCGCUAGCAGCAUAACUUCUUUAUACACACACCUUCUGUGCUGUCUGCUCCUUGAGCCUCGGCUCCAACCAAGCACCUGACAAACGCUAGCUGAGCACUACUCUACACUCCUCCAAUCCUUCAACAGGGACCGGACAACCUGUGAACACAUUUACAAUACUGGUUUUACUGUUUCAGGUUGGCGGAAACAGCUGAGAACCCAACACACACCUUGCCCUAAGGACAAUCCUAGGCAGACUCCAUUUGAUUUACAACGGGACAGACAACCAGGCCCCAUACACAAACACACACUCUGGAAACCAAGCAACCAACAGAAGGCAGAGGAACACAGCCUCUAACAACCAACUACCCCACCUAUCUCACCAUCUCACCCAGUUGAUACCUAGCCUAACCUAGGCCCGGAGAUAAAAAUGUUCUCUGCUGGCUGUUCUGGUUGAUUCCUAUCUGACUGACACACGCAGGCAGACAGACUGGCUGGUUUGGGCAUUUUGUGACGCUCUUCUGUACGUUCAUCAUCAUUGUGUAUCCGAAGGAAUCAACAUGCACCUGACUGGGUAAGGUUGAGGCCUCGACUGCCAAGGACCACUUAGACGCAGUUGAGACAACUGACCUCGUAAGGACCGUGUGUGGUUACUGGUCACUGGUGUGGUGGUCAGUUAUGGGUAAGGAACAGGACUUCCUGGUGGCAGUGAAGAGUGGAGACAUCCUCCUGGCACACAAACUUCUGGCUAAGGUUAAAUGCAACAAAACCAAGUUGCUGAGUUCCACAAAGAGGCUGAACAUCAACUAUCAGGACUCAGAUGGGUUUUCAGCAUUACACCAUGCAGCUCUAACGGGCACCACUGAACUGCUGUCUCUACUACUGGAGGCUCAAGCCACUGUGGACAUCAAAGACACCAAUGGUAUGCGUCCGCUCCACUAUGCAGCGUGGCAGGGUAAAGCUGACUCUGUGUUGCUGCUACUAAGGGCUGGAGCAUCAGUUAACACACGGUCACAAGACGGACAGAUACCUCUACACCUGUCUGCACAGUAUGGACACUACCAGGUGUCUGAGAUGUUACUCCAGCACCAGUCUAAUCCAUGUCUGUUGAACAAAGCCAACAAGACCCCUCUGGACCUGGCCUGCGAGUUUGGCAGACUCAAGGUGGCUCAGUUGUUAUUGAGCAGUAACAUGGUGGUAGCUCUGUUGGAGGGGGAGGGUCUAGACUCUACCUCCUCCAACACACCCCUUCACCUGGCCGCUCGCAAUGGACACAAAGACAUCAUCAGGUUGCUACUGAAGGCUGGUAUAGACAUCAACAGAGCCACUAAGGCUGGGACCUCUCUGCACGAGGCUGCCCUCUAUGGCAAGACGGAAGUAGUGCACCUGCUGCUGGACGCUGGUAUUGAUGUAAACCUAUGUAACACGUACAACCAGACAGCUCUGGACAACGUUAACCAGUUCACCACCACAUCAGCCAGCAAGGACAUCAAGAUACUAUUGCGAGAAGCAUUAGGGUCUCUCCAGGUGAGAGCGGUGAAGGACUACUGGAACCUUCAUGACCCUACAGCCCUCAACCUCCGAGCAGGAGACCUCAUUAUGGUGUUGGAGCAGCACAUGGACGGGAGGUGGAAAGGUUAUAUUCAUGACAACCAGAGAGGAACGGACCGGAUUGGAUACUUCCCUCCGUCUGUAGUGGAGGUCAUCAGCAGGAGAGCAGGGGGUACUCUCUCACGUCAGGUCUCGUUGCCAAGCCAACGGCAGCAGCACUUCCUGUCCAGAGCUCCUCCCACCAGUAUUGGCUCUACCCCCCAGACUGAUGACUCCUACACCUUGUACUACGGCCACGCAGGUACCUGUACACCUGGCAGUCUCCUUUCAGCCCCAGCUAGUCCAGCUAGCCCCAGUGAGGACAUAUGGGUCCUCAGGAACUCUCACACUGCAGGAGACAGGAACAGUGUUGGCAGUGCAGGCAGCAGUGCAGGUAGUGUGGGCAGCAGUCGUAGUGCUGGCAGCGGGCAGAGCUCCGAGAACAGUUUUGGACAGAACGGGUCACACACUCACCAAACCGCAGCCACAUUGGGUUCCUACAUGGCCACGCUGGCUCCCUCUGCUGGUGAAUCAGAACAGCAGUUUCGCUCAGUAGGACCAGUCCACAGCAAACAACCUGAUGGAUCUACAGGUGGUCCGCAUCAUCAGGUCAGCAGUGGUACUCGGUCAGGGGAGCAGGGUGGCUUCAUGCGUCCAGAUCAGCUCCUGGAGGGCAGGGACUCUGAGGCCAUCUACCAAUGGCUGUGUGAGUUCCAGCUGGAGAGCUACACUGCUAACUUCCUUACAACAGGAUACGAUGUUCCUACUAUCAGUAGGAUGACCCCAGAGGACCUGACUGCUAUCGGUGUGACCAAGCCAGGCCACCGUAAGAAGAUCUCCAUGGAGAUAGGCAACCUAAACAUCCCAGAAUGGCUACCUGACUACAUCCCUUCUGAGCUGUCAGAGUGGUUGAGUGCGAUUGGUCUCCCUCAGUACCAGAAAAGACUGUGUGAGAACGGUUAUGACACCAUCAGCAUCAUCAAGGAUAUCACAUGGGAAGACUUAUCAGAGAUAGGAAUCACUAAACUGGGUCAUCAGAAGAAGCUGAUGUUAGCCGUGAAGCGUUUAUGCGACCUGCAUCGUUCCCGUCACCAUGCCAAUGGCUCCGGCGCGCUACGGUGUAGUAAACCCCUCGCGGCUCUGGAGCUGGUGGCUAUCGAGCCCCCCGAGCCCCCUGCCGACUGCUGCCCCCCAUCCCCCCACAGUCCCAGGACACCCCUCCUUUCCUUUCAGGACAGCGAGCUGAGCACAGAGCUACAAAACGCCAUGAUGGGCAGGGCAGGAGGAGGAGGGGUGGGGAUAGGGGGGUUUGGGAUGUGUGUGAGAGGUGUGGUGAGGGGUGUGGUGUCGCCGAUGUCGCUCAGCCAGGAGAGCAUUGGAACGCGUUCCCGCGGAUCUGGGAAUUCUGGGAAUUUUUCGGGAUGUUCCCAAGAGCUUCACCAACAGACUCUGGCAUCGGCUGGAGUCUACAGUCGCUCGGACGAGAGCCUGGGGGGAGUGGGAGGAAGAUGGGCGAGACAAGGGGGAGGAGGGAGUCCAGAGAGAGACAGGCAGAGACCCACAGAGUUGUGGUCAGACCAGCUGCGCCAGCCCCCCACUAAACUACCCAUCACCCCUCCUCUCACCCCCAGCAAGAUGCCCCGCUUCGCCUACCCAGCCGUGCCCAUGCCCAGUAAACCCAAACCCUGCCAGUCCCCUGCCCACCCCCACCGCCCCUCCUUCUCUCCCCAGGCCUCCCCCACACAGAGGACCUUCAGUUACCUCCACACCCAGGGAGGAGGUACCGAUCUGGGCCAGCGUGGUCUACCCAAGCCCCAUGCUGGAGCUGUCCCCCUCCCAGGACUAGGCCUCAACACAGAGGCCCUUAAGGGCCCUAAGAAACGCACCCAGAGUCUGACACACUAUUCCCUGUCAGAUGGAGAACCGGAAGACAACGAGUUAUCGGCGCAAGAAUCCGUUCCCCCGGUGACCAUGCCCUCGUACGCCACACUAGGACGCAAACCAGGCCGCGGCCAAUCCUCCGCCGUCCAACGCCACAUCAGCCGGAGCCACACAUUCGCUGUGCGCUCUCGCCACAAAGGCCCGCCCCCACCACCACCUAAGAGGUUGAGCUCGGUGAGUGGCAGCCAGGCCAACGAAUCAGGAGGAGCAGCAGUAGUGUCAGUGGAGGUGCCAGGGGUGGAGACUGAGAGUGCAGGCAGUGUGAAGAGCAUUGCAGCCAGGCUACAGGGGUCCGGGCCCAGGGGCAGUCCCUCUAAGGGGGUAGAAUUACCCUCCCCACGCACCUCCACCCUCGCCUCCCACAAACCUGUACCCGGUCUGGGGCUGGAAGGCCUGAGGAGGAUGGGGAGCGAGCGGAGGGAUAGAGAUGGAGGGAUAGAGAGAAUCCCAGAAGAGGAGGGAGAGAGAGGGAGGAAGAGUGGUUCAGUAUUGGAAAGCUCUACGUCACUUCAGAGGAGCUCCAGUGAGAACCUCCCUUUCGCGGAGGAGGGCAACCUCACCAUCAAACAGCGGCCCAGGUUGGGAGCAGGUUGCCGGGCAGAGCCUGAAAUCCAACCCCAGGCUUCUCUAGAAGACCCAAAGAUGCAGCCCCCAAAGUCCCUGGAGAUCCCAGAGUUCAACCUCAAAGAGUCGGACACGGUCAAACGGCGGCGUCAGCCCAAAGACCGGGACACACACACACUGGACGAGAUCUUCACCCCCAGCGAAGAUGACGCACACACACAGCCGCACACACACAGCCGGUCCAACGGCUUCCACACACACACAAACAGAGACAUAAAGAGUGAGGAGGAAGCAGGUGUGAGGUCAGAGCGCAGUUUACAGAGAGUAGGAUCGACAGGGAAAUGCCAGAAACCACCUCUGUCCUCCAAACCAACCAGCUCUCCCCUCAAACCAGCUGGUCAACAGAUACACACAACUACAUCUAAACCAGGCAGUCAACAGAUACACACAACUACAUCUAAACCAGGCAAUCAACAGAUACACACAACUACAUCUAAACCAGGCAGUCAACAGAUACACACAACUACAUCUAAACCAGGCAGUCAACAGAUACACACAACUACAUCUAAACCAGGCAGUCAACAGAUACACACAACUACAUCUAAACCAGGCAGUCAACAGAAGACAGCACCAACGUCCAAAUUAGGUAGCACACACAACCAUAUAACCACUCCUAUACCAGCCAAUCAACAAAUACACACAACUUCAUCAAGACCAGCCAGUCAACAGACACGGGCAACUAUCCAUAUACCAGCCAGCCCACAAAAUACACGCACAACCAACUCUAUACCGAUCAAUCCACAGAAACUAGUAACAGCAGCCAAACCAGCCAGUCCACAGAAAACAAUAACAUCCAAGCCAGUAAUUCACCAGACGCCUGCUACUGUCUCUAGACUUCCCCAGCGCAGCACAUCCAUAACGUCAGCCCCUACAGCCCGUUCCCCUGGUGUGACUCUCAAUGUGGUCCAGAGUGUGGUUUUCACUUCCCCAGCCCAGGCAGCCCCCGUUUCAUCCUACCGCACCUUAGGGCCUCCAGGCCAGGCAGGGCGAGCAGUAAAGGCCCAGGCUGGUAAGGCCUGCUCGGAGGUACUGGUUCAGAGGAGGCUGGAUGAGACCAGCACGUCACUCGAGGAAGCGCUGAAAGAUGUAGAGAGGAAACUGGCUCAGGACGACACUGACGGUGGCAGCGGCACAGUGAAAGCAGCAGGGAAUAUUCUGGAUGACAUCGGCAACAUGUUUGGUGACCUCGCUGACCAGCUGGAUGCCAUGUUGGAUUAAAUACUCUUCAUUUCACUCAAGGCAAACUGAAUAGGAUCAGCUGGGUUCAAUGGAUUGGGUUGUUUUGCCUAGAUACCUAGGCUUUGACCCAAAUGGCACCCUAUUCACUAUAUAGUGCACUACUUUGGACCAGAGCCCUACAUGUCCUGGUCAAAGUAUUUUACUAUAUAGGGAAUUAGCGAGCCAUGCAGAACGGUGCCCUAAACUUGCUUAGACAGAUCUGCAUGUUUCCAACAUCCACUCUCAUAGGGUGGAUGACAGAAAGUAUGAGGGAGGGGAAGGGUGAGGGAAUGUGAAAGGGUGAGAGAAGGGAGAUGGGAACCGUAGGGAGAGGGGAGCUGUAGGGUUGAGGAGAGCAGAUAUCUUACACAAACACUUUGUCAUCAGAAUUUUUUACGCAAGCGCUUACUGAGGGAUACAGCUUACUGAGGGAUACAGCUUACUGAGGGAUACAGCUUACUGAGGGAUACAGCUUACUGAGGGAUACAGCUUACUGAGGGAUACAGCUUACUGAGGGAUACAGCUUACUGAGGGAUACAGCUUACUGAGGGAUACAGCUUACUGAGGGAUACAGCUUACUGAGGGAUACAGCUUACUGAGGGAUACAGCUUACUGAGGGAUACAGCUUACUGAGGGAUACAGCUUACUGAGGGAUACAGCUUACUGAGGGAUACAGCUUACUGAGGGAUACAGCUUACUGAGGGAUACAGCUUACUGAGGGAUACAGCUUACUGAGGGAUACAGCUUACUGAGGGAUACAGCUUACUGAGGGAUACAGCUUACUGAGGGAUACAGCUUACUGAGGGAUACAGCUUACUGAGGGAUACAGCUUACUGAGGGAUACAGCUUACUGAGGGAUACAGCUUACUGAGGGAUACACCUGUGGGUUGUGUUGUUGGAAUAGCAUCAGUGAGCGGCACACACACCAGGACUUAUCUAACUAAACUGAAGCACAUAACCCUGAAUCAAUGGUUUUGCUAGGCAGACAGCACAAUAACACAGAAAAGUGUACUGUGAUUUAUGACAUCGAGCACAGGUUUAUGACAGAGCAUGCGUGGCUUUGCUACAGCUUUGUGCUGAGCCAACCAGAUUUUACCAAUGGGAAUAAGGGUCCAUUUUUAACAUGUAUGUAUUGUAAGUUGUAUUAUAUUCUCGUCUUAAACCUUACCCAAUGUUACGUUAAAGUGUGUCAAUAUUUUUAACAUGAGAUAAAUCUAUGACGUUCCUGAAAACUGAGAAUUUAGUUUACUUUGCAUUUGUUUUAACAAAGGGAGCACCUAUUUACUUCAAUGUUAAGUGUAACUGGCAUUUCAAAAGUACUUAUUUGUUUUAUCUUAUGUUAUUUAACAUGUAAUAUACUAUAGUUUGGUUGAUUAUUGUUGGAGUUGGGUAAGUAUCUAUAAGAUGACAUAUUAUCUGAAUUAAAUUCCAUGCAUAUG